AUGGAUUGUGAAAAUAAUCCAGCAUGGCCAUUUCUGCGACAAUCACGCGAACAAAUGAUUGCGGAUCAGUCGAAACCGUACGAUUCAAAGAAAAAUGUUUGGAUUCCGGAUGCGGAAGAUGGUUAUAUUGCUGCGGAAAUUAAAUCUAGCAAGGGUGACUCAGUCACCGUGGUUUCUGUUCGUGGAAAUGAGGUAACACUUAAAGCAGAAAUUGUGCAAGAAAUGAAUCCACCAAAAUUUGAAAAAACCGAAGAUAUGUCAAAUCUUACUUUCCUGAAUGAUGCUUCCGUUCUGCAUAACUUACGUGCACGUUACGGUCAAAUGUUGAUUUACACAUAUUCAGGAUUGUUCUGUGUUGUGAUAAAUCCGUAUAAAAGACUUCCAAUUUAUGAACCAUCUGUAGCCGAAAUGUACAUGGGUAAACGAAGAACCGAAAUGCCACCACAUUUAUUUGCUGUUUCUGAUGAAGCUUAUCGUAAUAUGCUAAUCGAUCAUGAAAAUCAGUCAAUGUUAAUUACCGGUGAAUCCGGUGCCGGAAAAACCGAAAAUACCAAAAAAGUUAUUGCAUACUUUGCAACGGUAGGUGCAUCUCAACAAAAAGGUGAUGCAGCAGCAGCGGCAACACCAGAUCAACCGGAUAAAAAGAAGGUAACUUUGGAGGAUCAAAUUGUUCAAACAAAUCCGGUACUGGAAGCUUUUGGUAAUGCAAAAACGGUCCGGAACAAUAAUUCAUCUCGAUUUGGCAAAUUUAUUCGAAUUCACUUCUCGAAACUAGGUCGUGUCGCAUCAUGUGACAUUGAACACUAUUUACUUGAAAAAUCACGUGUUAUACGUCAAGCACCAGGUGAACGAUGCUAUCAUAUAUUUUAUCAGCUGUAUUCCGAUUUCAUACCAACAUUAAAGAAAGAAUUAUUAUUGGAUAAACCAUUGAAGGAAUAUCAUUUUGUUGCACAAGCAGAACUAACAAUUGAUGGUGUUAAUGAUAAGGAAGAGCAUCAAUUAACUGAUGAAGCAUUUGAUAUUUUACAUUUUUCACAAGAGGAGAAGAUGAAUUGUUAUAAAUUAAUGGCAGCAAUAAUGCAUAUGGGAAAUAUGAAAUUUAAACAACGACCACGUGAAGAGCAAGCGGAACCGGAUGGUACAGAUGAUGCGGAAAAAGCAUCAGCAAUGUACGGUAUUGGUCAUGAGGAAUUCUUGAAAGCAUUAACAAAGCCAAAAGUUAAAGUUGGCAAUGAAUGGGUCAAUAAAGGUCAAAAUAUUGAUCAAGUGACAUGGGCUGUUGGAGCAAUGGCUAAAGGUCUAUAUUCGAGAGUGUUUAAUUGGCUUGUUAAAAAAUGUAAUAAAACAUUGGAUCAAAAAGGUAUAUCAAGAGAUUUCUUCAUUGGUGUAUUGGAUAUUGCUGGAUUUGAAAUAUUUGAUUUCAAUUCAUUCGAACAACUUUGGAUUAAUUUUGUAAAUGAAAAAUUACAACAAUUUUUCAAUCAUCAUAUGUUUGUAUUGGAGCAAGAAGAAUAUGCCCGAGAAGGCAUCCAAUGGACAUUCAUUGAUUUUGGCUUAGAUUUACAAGCCUGUAUUGAAUUAAUUGAAAAACCAUUAGGCAUUCUAUCAAUGUUAGAUGAAGAAUGUAUCGUACCUAAAGCAACUGAUCUUACAUUGGCGCAAAAGUUAAACGACCAGCAUUUGGGUAAACAUCCAAAUUUUGAGAAGCCAAAACCGCCAAAAGGAAAACAAGGUGAAGCGCAUUUUGCUAUGAGACAUUAUGCUGGUACUGUUCGAUACAAUGUGAGUAAUUGGUUGGAAAAGAAUAAAGAUCCAUUGAAUGAUACGGUUGUAUCAGUUAUGAAACAUUCAACUGGUAAUUUACUUCUCACGGAAAUUUGGCAAGAUUAUACGACACAGGAAGAAGCUGCAGCUGCUGCUAAAGAUGGAGGAGGAGCGGGCAAAAAGAAGGGUAAAUCCGGUUCAUUCAUGACCGUUUCUAUGUUAUAUCGUGAAUCACUGAAUAAUCUAAUGACAAUGUUGAAUAUGACACAUCCGCAUUUUAUUCGGUGUAUUAUUCCGAAUGAAAAGAAGCAAUCCGGUUUACUGGAUGCGGCAUUAGUAUUAAAUCAGCUGACAUGUAAUGGUGUAUUGGAAGGUAUUCGUAUCUGUCGUAAAGGUUUCCCUAACAGAACAUUACAUAAGGAUUUCAAGCAACGCUACUCAAUACUUGCUGCAAAUGAAUCGAUCAGUAGCACAGAUAUGAGAAAAUGUGCUGAAGCAAUGCUAAGUAAAAUUGUUAAAGAAAAUAUAUUAACGGAAGAAAAUUUUCGAAUUGGUGAAACAAAAGUUUUCUUUAAAGCAGGUGUAUUAGCACAUUUGGAAGAUGUUCGUGAUGAAGCAUUGAAAACAUUGCUAACAAAAUUACAAUCACAAAUUAAAUGGUAUCUUGGCUUAACUGAUAAAAAACGACGUAUUCAACAAAAAGCUGGCUUAUUAAUACUACAACGAAAUGUUCGUGCGUGGUGUUCAUUACGUACGUGGGAAUGGUUUAAAUUAUACACCAAAGUACGACCAAUGUUAAAAGAAGGCAAAAUAGCCGAAGAAUUGGAAAAAUUACAGGAAAAAUUAAAAUCACUUGAGGAAACAUUACAAAAGGAGGAAAAUUUACGAAAAAAUUUGGACGAUAGUGCAAAAAAAAUGGAAACCGAAAAAGCGGAAUUAUUUGAAAAAUUAGAAGCUGUAAAAAAUAAUCUUACAAAAUCUGAAGGUAAUCUAUCACAAAUGGAAUCAGCAAAAUCAGAUGCUGAUAAAAAACUUGAGGAGUUAAAUGAGCAACUUGCUGAUGUUGAAGAUCAAAAUACAGAAAUUCAACGAUCAAAAAAGAAGGUUGAAGGUGAAAUUGAUGCAUUAAAAAAGCAAAUUCAAGAUUUAGAAAUGAGUGCACGUAAAGCAGAAAUGGAAAAGCAAUCAAAAGAUCAUCAAAUUCGUUCACUUCAAGAUGAAUUACAACAACAAGCAGAAUCGAUGGCAAAAUUAAACAAAGAAAUUCGACAUCAGGAAGAAUUAAAUAAGAAAAUUACGGAAGAUUUACAAGGUGAAGAAGAUAAAACAAAUCAUGCAAAUAAGGUUAAAAGUAAAUUAGAGCAAACGUUAAAUGAUUUGGAGGAUAAUUUGGAACGUGAACGACGUGCAAAAGCAGAUAGUGAAAAAUCAAAGCGAAAACUUGAAGGUGAAUUAAAAAUUACACAAGAAAGUAUUGAUGAAGCAACACGUCAACGACGUGACCUAGAAAAUAAUAUGAAACGAAAAGAAGCCGAAUUAAAUGCAUUAAGUAGUCGAUUGGAAGAUGAACAAGCAACAAUUAGCAAAUUACAACGACAAAUUAAAGAACUGCAAAGUCGUGCAGCUGAAUUGGAAGAUGAAGUGCAAAAUGAGCGACAAUCACGAUCAAAGACUGAUAAGGCACGUUCAGAUAUACAGCAUGAAUUAGAGGAGUUGAAUGAUCGACUAGAUGAGCAAGGUGGUGCAACUGCAGCACAAAUUGAAAUUAAUAAGAAACGUGAAGCUGAAUUAGCUAAAUUAAGACGUGAUAUUGAGGAGGCAAAUAUGAAUCAUGAAAGUCAACUAGCAGCAUUACGUAAAAAGCAUACAGAUGCUGUAGCUGAGCUAACCGAUCAAUUAGAUCAAAUUCAAAAACAAAAGCAAAAAUUGGAAAAAGAUAAAAUGCAAUAUGUGCGUAAUACGGAAGAUUUAGCUGCACAAUUAGAUGGUGAAAGUGCUGCUAAAGUAAGCAAUGAAAAAUUAGUGAAACAAUUUGAAUUACAAUUAAAUGAUUUACAAGCACGUGCAGAUGAGCAAUCACGUCAAUUGCAUGAUUAUAGUUCAGUACGUAAUCGUCUUGGAAAUGAGAAUAGUGAUAUGAUAAGACAAUUAGAAGAUGCAGAAGAGCAAAUUUCAACAUUACAACGAUUUAAAGGACAAUUAACACAACAAAUUGAGGAUAUACGUUCAGCAACUGAUGAAGAAAUACGUGAACGGCAAGUGCUUGCAGCGCAAGUGAAAAAUUUACAAAUUGAAGCGGAACAAGCACAUAAUAAUUUAGAGGAAGAAAUUGAAUCAAAGAAUGAAGUUGCAAGACAAUUAAGUAAAGCAAAUGGUGAAAUACAACAAUGGCAAUCACGUUUUGAGCAAGAUGGUAUGCUUCAAACUACUGAACUUGAAGAAGUACGUCGUAAACAAGGUAUUAAAAUUAAUGAAUUACAAGAAGCACUUGAACAAGCUAAUCAAAAAAUUAUAACAUUGGAAAAAGCACGAUCACGUUUGCUUGGUGAUCUUGAUGAUGCGCAAGUUGACGUAGAACGAGCAAAUGCUACAGCAAGUCAGCUAGAGAAGAAGCAGAAAGGUUUUGAUGCGCUUGUUGAUGAAUGGAAAAAGAAAGCUGAUGAUAUGUCAGCAGAGCUUGAUUCUGUUCAACGUGAAGUACGUAAUCUGUCAACGGAUUUAUUCAAAAUGAAGACAACACAUGAGGAAUACUUUGAUACAGCUGAAGGACUUCGUCAUGAAAAUAAAGCUUUAAGCAAUGAAAUUAAAGAUUUAACUGAUCAGCUUGGUGAAGGUGGUCGUUCACAACAUGAAAUGCAAAAAAUGAUUCGACGAUUGGAAAUUGAAAAAGAAGAAUUACAACAUGCACUUGAUGAAGCAGAAGGAGCAUUAGAAGCAGAAGAAAGUAAAGUAAUGCGAGCACAAGUGGAAGUGUCACAAAUACGUUCUGAAAUUGAGAAGCGAAUACAAGAGAAGGAAGAAGAUUUUGAAAAUACUCGACGAAAUCAUCAACGUGCAUUAGAAUCGAUGCAAGCAUCAUUAGAAGCUGAAUCGAAGAGUAAAAAUGAACUUUUACGUGUAAAGAAAAAGCUUGAAUCAGAUAUUAAUGAACUUGAAAUUGCACUUGAUCAUGCUAAUAAAGCAAAUGCUGAUGCACAAAAGAAUUUGAAACGAUGCACAGAGCAAAUUCGUGAAAUUCAAUUACAGAUCGAAGAAGAACAACGACAACGUGAUGAGAUGAAGCAGCAUUAUUAUACAGCGGAAAAACGUGCACAAAUUUUGGAAGCUGAAAAGGAUGAAAUUAGCCAAGCGUUAGAGCAAGCGGAACGAGCACGUAAACAAGCAGAAUUAGACGCAAGUGAAAGCCGUGAUCAAGCUAAUGAAUUAAAUAUGCAAGUUAGCAAUCUUGGUGCAGCAAAGAGGAAAGCUGAAGGAGAACUACAGGCUAUUCAUGCAGACAUGGAUGAAACAUUGAAUGAAUUUCGAGCAUCAGAAGAACGAAGCAAAAGAGCAAUCGGUGAUGUUGAAAGGCUUGCAGAAGAAUAUCGACAAGAGCAGGAACAUGGCUUACAUAUUGAUAGGAUGAGAAAAGGCCUUGAGGCACAAAUUAAAGAUAUGCAGGCACAAUUAGAAGAAGCAGAGCAAGCAGCAUUAAAAGGUGGUAAAAAAGUGAUUGCUAAAUUAGAACAACGUAUUCAUGAUCUCGAAGCUGAACUUGAUGGUGAACAACAUCGUUAUCAGGAAGCAAAUAAAAAUGUUGCUAAAUCAGAGAGGCGAGUACGUGAAUUACAAUUUCAAGUGGAUGAAGAUAAGAAAAAUUAUGAACGAUUGCAAGAUCUUGUUGAUAAGCUUCAAAGUAAAAUUAAAACACAAAAGAAGCAAUUGGAAGAUGCUGAAGAGCUUGCAAAUACAAAUUUGCAAAAAUAUCGACAAAUUCAGCAUCAAUUGGAAGAUGCUGAAGAGCGUGCUGAUAAUGCGGAAAAUUCCGUCACAAAAAUGCGCUCAAUGAGCCGGACAACAAUGUCAGUUGGACCGGGUACCGGUUUGCAAGCAACUCGUUCCGCUACCGUACUCCGUUCACCAUCUCGUAAUCGUAUUUCCGACUAUUAG